AUGUUGAGGUUUUCGGAUAUUAUUGUCCCCACACUCCUAUUAUUGCUGUUUGUGGAGCCAUCGUUUCAGCAGUCAACUAGACGGGAACCGCUUGUUGAAACCGAUUUGGGUACCAUACGAGGCACUGUCUUGAAAACUGUAAAUGAUCGUGAUAUAUUCGCCUAUCGUGGCAUACCUUACGCACAGGAACCGACUGGUGAACGUCGUUUUGCGGCGCCAAUACCUGUGGAGGCAUGGAACUAUACACUGGAUGCCAUCGAGGAUAGCCCCAUCUGCCCACAACCCGGUGGAUCGGUACCUAUGAGUGAAGACUGUCUGAAGCUCAACGUUUAUACGACUAGCGAAAUUGUGCAGGGCUGGUCGGUACUGGUGUAUAUACACGGAGGUUCGAAUAAGAUUGGUAGCGGACAUAGUGUAUAUGAAGCGGGACCGCAAUACUUACUCGAUGCCCAAGUGAUUUUGGUUACUUUCAACUAUCGUUUGGGUGCUCUGGGUUUCUUAAGCACAAGAACUACAGAAGCGCCCGGUAAUUUUGGCUAUCUGGAUCAAGUGUUGGCUUUAAAAUGGGUGCAGUCGCACAUACGUAACUUUGGUGGUGACGCCAAUAGAGUGACGAUAUUUGGUAUGAGCGCUGGCGCAAUGGCUGUGACAUUACAUAUGGCUUCACCACUAUCAGCGAAUCUCUUUCAUCGUGCCAUCGCCAUGAGCGGCAGUGCUACCAGUGAAUUCGUAAUCGACAACCUACAUUGGACACGGAAAUUGGCCGAGGAACUCAGUUGUCCCAAAUACGGUCCACAAGAACUAUUGGAUUGCCUACGCGCUGCGCCCUGGCAAAAGAUUAUUGAAAUAUGUGCUACAUGGGAAUAUUAUGGUUUCAUCAAUAUGAAGUGGAAUUAUGAGAUCGAUGGCAUAUUCUUGCUGGAACAUCCAACGUACGCCUUUCGUCAUAAUAGAACGAAUAAUGUGCCACUUAUGGCAGGCAUCACCAAAAACGAGUUAGACUUCCAUGUUAAUCAUCAAGAAAACAACACCGGUUUACUAAGCGAUAUCAGUCAAAACUUUGCAAGCUAUGCACCAGAGCUUUUCUUGUAUAAAAAUUGGUCUGCUGGAAUGGAGAGUGAAGAUAAUGUUUGGCGUGGUGAAAAAUUGCAGCUAUUUUAUUUCGGAAAUCACACAAAUAUCACUGAGGAAAAUUUAUACACAUUUGGACAUGUGUUCUCGGAUGGUCUUAUUGGUCAUGGUGUAUAUAAUUUGGUACGGUUGGCUAGUAGAUUCAUGAAUGUUUUCUAUUACCGCUUCGAUUAUGAAAGCAACCCCAGCUUGAAGCCUGAUCACAAUGGUAAUUUCCGAGGCGUCGUUCAUGCCGAUGACUUGAAAUACGUUAUGCCGAGCACAUGGUAUGGUCCUCAGCUUCCAAUAGACUCACCUAACAUGUUUAUGGUAAAGCGCAUGGUACAUAUAUUCGAAACUUUUGCCAAUUGGGGAUUUUUUGAAACGAGCAUAUAUAUUGAUUGGCCCCCAGUGGACCCUGAUGAUGUUAAAGCACUCUACAAUAACGACGUGAUGCAUGUGGGUCAGGCACCUCUCCUUGAACGAUAUACAUUGUGGGAUGAACUUUUUGCACAAAAAACUAGUGGCGCAAGGCCACUACGACUCUCCGCUUUAGUUGCGACCAUAAUUGCAGCGGUUGCAGCUUUAUUUUUGUGAAAUAAAGUAAUUCAAGUAUUGACGUUGUUGAAUUAUAGAUUCGUGACAGCUAUUUGAAAUAGUUUAA